CAAAGUGCCAAAAAUUUGGGAAUAAACAAUUUCGGAUAAAAUAAGGAACAAAAAUGCCGGUGCAAUUCUCUUCGGACGGAUCUCCUUAUAUAGAAUUAUCUCCAAAGGCGGUAAUUCGUUUGGAAAAAGAUGAGUUGAAUGAAAAAGAAAAAUUAAAGGCCGAAAAGGAGUUGAGAGAAACUCCAGAAGUUGUUGAAGAAGGCCUUAAGGCCUUGAGACAACUUAUAGAAGAUGAACCGGAUUUUUAUUUUCCCGACGAUGUGGAUUAUAUGACAGAGUUUUUGAGGCCUUGCAAAUAUUAUGCGGAAAGUGCAAUGGAUUUGAUGAGGAGAUACUACACAUUCAAGAUAAAACAUCCAGCAAUUUGUCAAAAUGUUUUGCCGAGCAAAAAUAGAAUCGCUUUUGAACAAGGAGUCAUCAGUUUUAUGCCAAAAAGAGACAAAUUUGGAAGAAGGAUUCUCAUAAUUCAGGCUGGCAAAAAAUGGAUUCCCAAAGACUGUUCUUUGUGGGAUAUGUUCAAGGCCCUCCAAAUGGCCUUGCUGGCUGCCAUGGAUGAACCAAAGACCCAAGUAAAUGGUGUCAGUUGUAUCAUAGACCUUAAAGGCCUGUCUUUGACCCAUGUUUACCAGUUUACGCCCAAUUUUGCCAAAUUGGCCUCCGGGUGGGUACAGGAUUGUGUUCCAUUAAGAUUGAAAGGACUUCAUGUCAUCAACCAGCCAUAUUUAUUUAACAUGUUAUUUGCAAUUUUCAAACCAUUUUUGAGACAAAAACUGAGAAAAAGGAUCCAUUUUCACGGUUCGGAUUUCACCCAACUCUGUGAAUGGUUGGGCGAAGAAAAUCUUCGGGAGGACAUGGGAGGCACUUUGGAGGCUCCUGAAUGUGAUGGAAUAAUGUUAGCUGAUCUUUUGUGCCAAUAUGAAGACAAAUUUAAACUUGCUGAAACUUUUGGUUAUAAAUCCAAGGAAAAUUUAUAA